UCACUUCCAGUACCGAGAGAGGGGCUUUUUGUUUGGGUACCUGUCCAGCCCUCUCACGCUGCUGUACGACUGGUUUCACCAUGGAAGCAGUGAUGACCAGGAGGCUUCCUAUCGGCUCAUACUAACGACUGACUGAGCUACAUUAUUCGGCUUUUGAUGCAGUGAAGUCAUCAGCAGCCGGCGGAGACCCACACCGGGGAUCCUGUUUCUAAGCUCGUGUAUUUUUCACACCCACCGGUUCGUUAUCCACAGCAGGAGCGAUAUCGUUUAUCUUCAGGAAACCAAGAGGACCGUCACAGUCUAGUCUCAUUAGCAAUUAAUGUCCGAGGGAACGGAUGCGUGAGGACAUGUCCACCAUGGUGUGUAUGAAGGAGGAGGAGGACCCAGGGGAGAAACUGUCCCAGGAUGAAAUCAUCUCUCGGACCAAGCAAGUGAUUCAGGGCCUGGAAGCUCUGAAGCAAGAACACCACUCCAUCCUGGAUGGGCUGCUAGGGACACUGCGCUGCCUGAAGCAGGACGAGGAGGGGGUCCUGGUGGAGGAGAAGUCACUCAUGAUCCGCAAAUCCCUGGAGAUGCUGGAGCUCGGGCUGAGCGAGGCUCAGGUGAUGAUGGCGCUGUCAAGCCACCUGAGCUCUGUUGAAUCAGAGAAGCAAAAGCUGCGUGCUCAGGUGCGCCGGCUCUGCCAGGAGAACCAGUGGCUGAGGGACGAGUUAGCGGGGACGCAGCAGAAGCUGCAAAAGAGCGAGCAGAGCGUGGCCCAGCUGGAGGAGGAGAAGAAGCACCUGGAGUUCAUGAACCAGCUGAAGAAGUAUGAUGAGGACCUGUCCCCCUCCGAGGAGAAAGACAGUGACACGAGUAAAGAGACUCUGGAUGACCUCUUCCCAGAUGACCAGGAUGACCAAGCUCCAGGCAGCCAGCCAGCCCACGGUAGUGCUGCAGCAGCGGCUGCCCAGCAGGGAGGCUACGAGAUCCCGGCUCGCCUGAGAACCCUUCACAACCUGGUGAUCCAGUACGCCUCCCAGGGCAGGUACGAGGUGGCAGUGCCCCUCUGCAAACAGGCUCUGGAAGACUUGGAAAAGACCUCUGGACAUGACCAUCCAGAUGUAGCCACCAUGCUUAACAUCCUGGCACUUGUCUACAGGGAUCAGAACAAAUACAAGGAGGCAGCUAACCUGCUGAAUGAUGCUCUGGCCAUCCGAGAGAAGACUCUGGGCAGGGAUCACCCAGCUGUGGCUGCCACCCUGAAUAACCUGGCUGUCCUGUAUGGGAAGAGAGGGAAGUACAAGGAAGCAGAGCCUCUGUGCAAGAGAGCGCUGGAGAUCAGAGAAAAGGUGUUGGGUAAGGACCAUCCAGAUGUGGCCAAGCAGCUGAACAACCUCGCCUUGUUGUGUCAGAACCAGGGCAAGUACGAGGAGGUGGAGUACUACUACAUGAGAGCACUGGAGAUCUACCAGACCAAACUGGGUCCCGACGACCCCAACGUGGCCAAAACCAAGAGCAACCUGGCCUCUUGUUACCUGAAACAGGGCAAGUUCAAGCAGGCGGAGACCCUCUAUAAAGAAAUCCUCACUCGUGCUCACGAGAGGGAGUUUGGCUGCGUUGACGAUGAGAACAAACCGAUCUGGAUGCAUGCAGAGGAGAGAGAGGAGCAAAGCAAGGGAAAGCCGAAGGACAGCUCGCCGUUUGGAGAAUACGGAGGCUGGUACAAAGCCUGCAAAGUGGACAGCCCCACAGUCACCACCACGCUGAAGAACCUGGGGGCACUCUACAAGCGGCAGGGCAAGUUCGAGGCAGCGGAGACUCUGGAGGAAGCUGCCAUGCGUUCCAGAAAACAGGGUCUGGACAACGUGCACAAGCAGCGCGUGGCCGAGGUCCUGAGUGAGCCAGAGGUCCGCGAGAAGCAGCGUAGCCGUGAGAGUUUGACCUCUGACGCGGUGAAGUACGAGAGCGGGCCAGACGGUGGCGAGGAAGUGAGUAUGAGCGUGGAGUGGAACGGGGAUGGCUCUGGAUCGCUGAAGAGGAGCGGCUCCUUCAGCAAGCUUCGAGCUUCGCUCCGUCGAAGCAGCGAGAAACUCGUCCGUAAGCUGAAGGGUGGCAGCUCGUCACGGGACAGUGAUCACAAAAGUUCCGGCAUGAAGCGAGCCAGCUCUCUGGGUGUGCUUAACCUGCUGGACAAGACUUCCAGAGAUCCCUACCAAGAACGAAAUAAUCGUCUGAGAAAAAACCAUGACCUCAGUGCCAGCCACACCAACCUGGCGCCUUGAAGGACAUGACCUUUGACCUGCCCGUGCUGUAAAUAGUUGCUUAUGGAAGCCUCGUCUGUCCCGUACUCUGCUUCAGCCUCGCACAAAGACGUGGUCCUCCCCAGGUUUAACCUUUGACCUGAGAGGGGUUUGUGCUGCUCUGGGUUCUGUACAGAUGUGUUCUCUGUGAUUGUGUGCUCAUCUAUUUAUUAAAUUUGGACUUAUUUCAAGCUAUGCUAGUGCUUGUUUGAAGGCAGAAACAAUCAGGAAGUUUUAGUUUUAUAAUCGUUUUGUUCAAAACACAAAUGUGAACCGGAGCAAAUGGGUGGUUGUGGUCGGAUUUAAGGGUGUUUCUGCGUAAAGAUGAUAAACAACAGCUUCCUGAACAGCCUUGCUGCAGAGAAAUAGUCAAUAGGGCUAAUUAAUCUGAUCUUAGAUCUGGGAGAUAAGAUGGCGCGGUGCUUUUAGCGGUCUCCAUACAAAUUCAGCCUUUUCAGGACAUCGCACAGACGUCAGCAUAUCGCGACCGCUUCGCUGGUGAGUGACGUCACCGAUCAGCACCAAAGAGUUUUAUUCUGUUGAGGACCAAGAGAGCUGCUGUGUGAUGUACAAUGUGGUGUUCAAUGACUAGAAGAAGCACCGUUUUAUACAGUGCUCUGUGAGAUUACAAAGCCGGAAGUGGUGGUGAUGGUGGGGGUGGUUUUUUUUUUAAUCCCGGCUAUUUUAAAGCGGCACCAAAAGUGUUUACGUGCUUCUGCUUCACAAGCCACUUCUUCUAAUUUGACUACUGUCGGUUGUUUUGGACGACAGCUGCUGAUGUCAUUUCUUACGUGGGUUACAACCAAUCAGUGUCAGUUAGCCAAGGGUUUCACUUAGCUACUCUACCAGGCCCUUCGAAGUACCUACACCUGUUCAGGUCCUCCGAUGGCCCGGAAAACAGCCAGUUCCACCGGCCCGGUGAAGUGGAGAAGAGUUCCUGUUAAAUUACCCUGACGUUCCAGUAGUGGAAAUACGCCUUAUUUCUCUAAACUGAGGCUGUUCAGGAGGCCAUCUACAAUAGGCUAGAUUCAUUAUAUUUUUUUUAAAGUUUCACACAGAAAUGGUCUGAAACAUCUGUUCAAUUAGGGCUGGGCGAGAAGGCCUAAAAUCAACAUCACUGGACGUUAAGUAGUUCAGCUCAAUAACGAUAAAUGGACGACAACUGCGCAAAAACAAGUGGUCCACUAGAUGGCGCUGUUUCGUGUAUUACGCUAGGUCUCGUCAUGUGACUCGAGGUGGUGCAGCUUCUUUAAGGGACAUAAAAGUCGCCAGCCCACACACACCUUUACAUUUUUUUACUACCAAAUUUAUUGACAUUGGAGAAAUUAUAUCUGUUAGUCAGAAAUUUUGAUAACGAUAAAAUGUUGAUUAUCGCCCAGCCCUGUGUUCAGUGAUGAGCUGUAAGCUUUUCAAGUGAAAGGAUUUAUUUAAAAGGUGUUUAUUCAUUCUGGCCAAUAAAACACCCAGGUUUUUAACUUCAACCUUCCAUUUUUAAUGUUGCUACGAUAACCCACCACUUUCAAGACCAUUUGAGUUUUAUCUCCUCCUCCAUCUUUUUCAUAGGCCCAAUCCCAACACUCGCGCUGCGGUCUUCAGCAAAGUGCACUUGGAGGAAGUGCAGAGUAAGGUUUUGAGUGUGUGGUACGUAAGUGUGCAAAUAAUCUCCGAACUGGGACAGUGACCGUUGUGUCAUUGACCACGAUGCCUGCCAGUAUGCCGGUCGCUGUUUGUGCUACUUUUAAAAAAAAUCUUUAUUAACAACUUUCAAACAAUUGACACAAUUUUACAUUCAUUGCUGUCCACAUUAAAUAUCAUUAAUCAUCUUUAAAUUAUUUUUCUUUCAUUUCAGAAAAGGCAUUUGAGCCAUUGUCCACUUUUUUCAAUUCCCAGGCAGCAAUUGAUUGAGGGUAAUACCUUUUGUGGAUUGUGUGGAUCAAGGGUGCAAAAGGGGCGUGGUCAACUUCUGCACUUGUAAAAGGGGACACCCUUCACCAGGAGUAUCCCUUUCUGGUCCUGGAGGGCUGGUAUCCAGCACAUUUUAGUGGUUCCUCUGCUCCAGCACACUAGACUCAGUGGUUGAAUCAACUGUGCAGCAGCUCAUCAGGCUCUGCAGAAGCCUGUUAAUCACCUGCUGAUUGAAAUCAGGUGUGUUGAAGCUGUAACGGAAUUGAAGUGAUGUAACUAUCUAGAGUUGUAUUUUAAUACACUGUAAGUAGAUCACUUAUUUAUAAUCAGAAGAAUAGGCUGUUUUUAUCAUCAGGGAGUUUAAUUAAACACUCUGUAUUGACUUUGAGACAAGAAAAGAGAGAGAGUUGGGAUCAUUUGAGAAUCUUUAAUUUCUCAAUUAUAAAUUCUAAACAAUCUUCCAGGACUAACUCUGUGAUGGAUGAAAAUGGAUUUGGAUGUUGUGUUGGUGUGUGUGUGUGUGUGUGUGGCUGGUUCAGACUCCUUAGGCUGACGUCAUUGAAUCUGGUCGUCUUUGUUAUGACUAGAUAUCACAAGGCUUAUAAAGUGAUGACAUGAGCCGCUAUUUUGCCGUGUACGUACCCAGUGGGGGGCCUCUCAGGUAGAUCAGGAAAUGCCAGGUCUGGAGACCUCGGAUGUACGCUGGAGCUGUCGGUGCAGCGGUCGCAACGUUUCAAAGCCCGUCUGGAGGGUCGACCCCGGUACCAAUUGACGGCGUCAGCAGGUGCUCUUAUUUUGAAAGGAUGUCGUCUGGUUGUUAAACGACGAAAAUCUCCAGCUUCACAGUUCUUAGUUUAAAGAAGAAAACACAUCUGGCCAGGCUGUGCUUUUCUUUAGGAUGACGGUGAAUAGAACUGAAGUCAAAAUGGAACUGAGCUUAAAAUGGCGUUGCCUUGUUUUAUAUCUCUGAAUUGUUGAUAAGUUGGAGUAAAGUGGAUUGGACACUUUAAGUCAACACCAGAUUCUCUUGCGGCAGCCGAAAGCUCUGAUUGGUUGGAACAAUGUGUCAUGCGUUUCUAUGGAGAUGAGGAUCAGUAUGUCUGUGCAGUAGUCCUGUUUUCAUUAAAGAGCAAGUCACCCCUUACAAGAAGCGUACUUCACUCCCACUUCAUGUUUGAAAAAUGCAACAAAUGCUGUUGCCUAGCAGACCGAGAGGGUGGAGCCACUAACAAAUACACAUACUCACAACACUGUGACAUCAUAAUGUACCAGUUUACAUCAUAGCAUACCUCUUAGCCAAUAGCGGUGGCAGAUUUAAAUUCAAAUGCAGUGAAGAGUUUUUACCUGACAACGGCACAACACUGACAGUUUCAGGCAGAAAAUUUAAAUUUUAACUAAAAUGCACUAAAGUGCCAAACUAUUGACUACACGUGUCUGCAGCACGAUUAGACACGCAUUUAUAUAGUUUAUCAGAAAAAUAUAGUCUAUUUGGGGGUGACUUGCUCUUUAAACAUAAAUCAUGACAUAUUUAUUUCACAGAUCAUUCACUUGAUUAUUGUUGAUCAACAUCUGUUUUGCUUAAUAAUUUUAAUCACAAAUAAAGUACUUUGAUUAAGUAAAGCUUCUUCUCCUCCUUCGGACUCUUCUCCUGGAAUGUAAACAGUCUGAGGAACACCCGACCUUGGUUUUUCUACACGGGUGUUAUUGUGCACAGGGGGCAGCUGUGUGGAGUUGAAAAUAAUGAACUUCAUAACCUUACAAAGCAGUUAAAACCAAUAAGUGCUGGACACCGGCCCUCCAGGCACAGAAUACUGCUGCCCUACAUACGCACCCCUGGACUGGAACACUCAAUUGAAGGGCGCAAGGGUGGAAAUGUGAGCAGUGGUGCCCACAAGGGGCGGCCAUGGCUACACUUUCCCAGAGUUACCAUGAGGAUCAAUUUAGUGUGCCACACCAAAAUUUUCUCUGGCCCCAUGGCCACCCCUGUUAGACUGUUCUGGGGACGCCACUGAGUGCGAGUAUUGGGAUUGGGCCCUAGACUCUGGUCUCUUUAGGUGAUUCAGCAUGUUGAACGAGAAGUUUUAAAGUCACAAACCAACGAGCCUCGCUAGCUUUAGUUUCGUUUUUCUCAUUUAAACCAAUGAGAACUGAGUGGAACUCAGUCUGUGUAUAACAACACUUUGAUGUAAAGCCGAGCUUUAGAUGGUUAUAAACUGUAUUUAUGUUGAUGGUUUCAGCUGCUUCUGUCUGUAAAUUCUGUCCUGAUGUUUUUUAAAUGAUGUUGUUUUGUUGCACACGCCUGUCCGCUCAAACAGGUCAUUUAUUAGCUUACAAAAAAUGCUUCCAGGUGUUUCCUCACGACAACGCUCUAACAUGUGAGUAAAGCUGAACCAAAAUAUAGAUUUAUAAUGGUUAUGUAAAGGUUUUCAAACUAAACAAAAACACUAAACAUCAUCAUAACUGGUUGUUUUCCCUGUUAUUUUGUUCUAAAUAUAAUAUAUUUAUCAUGGUUAUCUGAGAAGAUCCCCAAACAAUCUCCAGUGCUUUAUAAUCUUUAUUUAAAGCAAAGUUCACAAUGCCUUUAAACAGGUGUUUCUAGUAUCUGUACACAUCUUAUGUUAGUUGUAAGAGUCUUAAGUCAGGUUUCUCCAGUUAAAGAUCCGAGCUGGAGCAUUAAAGACCAGGGCCUCAUUCAUCAAGCUUGCUUAUGCACAAAACGGGGUCGGAAAACUGCGUAAGCUACUUUCCACGCAAACUUUGGGAUUAAUGAAAGAAAACUUAGUGGAAAAAUGUGCGCAACUUUAUUUGUUUGUCUAUUUUGGACAUGGAGAGCUCCUGCAGUGCUGCUGCUGAGAAGGAUACAAUUAUGAAAUCCUGCAGCAUUAUCACUUGUACCGCUUCGUUUUCACACACACACACACACACACACACACACACACACACACACACACACACACACACACACACACACACACACACACACACACACAUAUUCUGUGUGAAAACGAAGCGGUACAAGUGAUAAUGCUGCAGGAUUUCAUAAUUGUAUCUUCUCAGCAGCAGCACUGCAGCUGCUCUCCAUGUCCAACAUGUGUGUAAGCCAGGUCCUUAGCCAACUUAAAGUUGCGCACAUUUUUCCGCUACGUUUUCGUUCAUAAAUUCCAAAGUUUGCGUGGAAAGUAGCUUACGCAGUUUUCCGACCCCGUUUUGUGCGUAAGCAAGCUUGAUAAAUGAGACCCCUGCUUACACCACCUUCAGCUCAGCAGACUGGUCCUGAUCAGUAGGUCUACAGAUGUAUUAUCUUGAAUGAGUCAUACGGCACAUCACUUUACAGCUUUCAUUAAUGAAUGAGCAGGUCUGGUGUCAACACAAAGAACGGUUUUCAGUUACGAUGGACGUUAACCACUAAAUUAGGCCUAAAAGGAGCAUUAUGUAAGAAUUCUACUGUAUCGUGUUGAAAUGAAAGUUGCACUUAAACAAAUUUCAUUCUUAAUCAGCUGGGGGUUGUCAGUUUUUCUCCUUUAAAAAAACGAAAGAGAGACAUUUAGUGUUUAUAUCAGUGAGUUUAUAUGAGUGACUUUGUGAGGUUGCCGUGUCUCAGGUGAGCUAUCUGCAGCUCCGGCAUUUGUAAAUCAACACCAGCAGCAAAAAAGCUGUACAGUUGUUUAAAGAACUGAAGCCAGUAAACAGGAGCGACACAGCAGUUAUUUCUUCUACUCCUACGAAGUCACUACAUCUUUCUGUUUUACUCUAAUACAGGGUGAAGCAGGCUAGAGGCUAACAAUUGAGCUAACAACGUUAAUGGUGGAUUAGAAGACAAUAGUGUGCUGUAAGAACAUCUCAAACUAUUUUUUCAAUUAGCAACAACGCAGUGUUACAGCUAAAUGUAUGUGUGAAGUGAACAAUGAGUCAUUCGUGGCAUUUUACUUUAUUGCGUCGUUCAGAACUGUAGCAGACAAGCUAAAUGCAAGACGGCAAACAACAACACUUCCUCCAACACCAGAGAAAUAUUACUGUAAUAAAUGUAGUAAGUGCUCCCUACCGUAAAACACCCAAGAGUGCCAACACCAGAUAUGAAAAUGAAUUAAUCUAGAGUCUUUUGGUUCUGAUCCGUAACUGGCCACAGCCAUGAAACUCACUGAGCAGACGUGACUGCAGACACAAAUUUUGACCACAGAAUGUCAUUCUUACUUCAUUCUUACAUAUUGCACCUUUAAUAUUUCACUUUUCCUGCCAUUAUAGUUCAAAUUUCUGAAUCUAAAAAAGCUAAAAGUGAAAUAAAUCUUUUGUUUAUUUGUUUUCAAUUAGUUAACUUAUUUCACCUUACUUUGUCUAAAGUAAAUUUGCAACAAGUUUUAGAACUGAUCAUGAGGUCAAGCUGUUCCUGCACACUUAGAAAUGCGAAACAACUUCAUAAUGUUUGAAUGUAAAUGAAAGGUUGGUCUGUUUUUGUAGGCAAGGGGAAGGUUCAGCUAACAGUUUGUUGUUCUAAUGUUUCAUUGAUGUGAUUUCUGCUCCAAGCCGUCAGGCUGCCAUGCAAAUGUGUUCUCAGGAGAAAGUUUUAAACAUGAAGACAUUAUUUGUUUAUGCACAGACAGACAGAAGUAAGUGGAAGAGAUCAGUGAGUGAUUUAUUUAAUACCACAUGAUUAGUUCUAAGUUGCACUUAUUAAACAUAAAUCAGUCAUUGUGUGUGUUGUGUGUAAAAACGUUCCUGGUUCAAACUGGCCUCGUCCCUCUUCUCUACCCUUGGAGAAGCUGGUGAGGAAGUUUUGGAGACUGGCUGCUCAGGAGAAACUUGAUCACAUUGAAGGAAUGGGCACAAGUUUAAAUAAAUGUCAUGAGAAUAUGCUGUUUUCUUCUUAAAUGCACUGUACUUUGCAGGAAACUUGUUUGCUAUUUGAUUUUUCUACUACAAUUUUGUUGUGAGCUGAAGUGACAUUUGUCUUGAAACGGAUCAUCUUAACUUCAUUAGAAGAAUAAAAUUAUCACAGUAA